AUGAACGAUUCUAUUGAUUCUGGAUAUUCAUUCACUCCAAAAUAAUAAAAGAAGCAAAGCUCUAUUCCUUUUUUAGUUAGUGAAGAAGUCAAGAAGAUUAUCUCUUUUAACAUGACUCCUUUUAAGGAUAAAGUGCAUUAUGAACAAAUCAAAACUCCAAUUACAGAGGGUUACGAUAGAAAAUUGUAAGAUGCUAUUAAAUAAUUGGAAAUUGAAGAAUUGAUUACAGAUCCUAUAGAUUUCUUAUGUCGAAAUACUACAAAUAAUAUUAUUUGUUCACUAAAUUUAAAUACAAUUUAACGAUCAAUUUUAUUUUAAUUACUCUCUAUUUUAGUAGAUGGAUUAGUUGUUAUUAUUUCAUAUAAUUAUGUAUUACUUAAAGAAAAAUUAAGAAGAAUUCAAGAUAUAGUCUCUUGGGCAGCUAUAAAUCCUGAAGUUCCUGAUCAUUAAAUUGAAUUCAUUGUUAAAAACAUUUCAAGUAGAAAUAUUAAAUUAUUAAUUGUACAUCCAGAAUAAGUUAAUCUAAUUGAUUUAUCCAAUCUAGAUAUCAAAUUACUUUUGUUAGACUAAUCAAAUUAUUAUUUAUCUUUUUUGGAAAUUGGUAAAAUUUAAUCAGAUUUAACAAAAUACAUAUCUAAAGCUAACGCUGAAUUCAUCCAUAUUCUUUUACCUAUUACUCAAAGUGUAUUUAUAUAAGAUCUUAGAUAAUUUUAGCCUUUCUAAAGAAUCUAUUUAACUUAUAGAGAGUAAUUUUGUUUGAUAAUAUCAUUAGAUCAUUCUCUCCUAAAACUUAAAUCACUUGUUCUAAAGAUGAAAGUCCUAUUAAAUCAUUGAUUUCAUUACUUAGAAGCUAACGACUUUACAAAAAGACUGGCAUUGCUAUUUUCUGUCAUAAUAUUAGUGCAGUUGAGUCUAUUUAGUUUACUUUAUAAUAAAAUGGAUUUAAGAGUAAUUCAAUACAUUCAAAGAAACCUGAAAAUUAAAGACAAGCAAGUUAUUAUGAUUUCGCAUCUUAAAAUAUAGAUAUAAUAGUAUUACCAAGUGGAUUUCAAUUACCAGAAGGAUUGAAAAAUUUUAUUUACCUUUCUGUUCAUUUAUAUUUGCCAUUAAAUAUUGAAACAUUCAUUUUAGAUAUAUCUGAAUUAAAUAGUGAAGCCAAUUCACAUAUAUUUUUAUGUGAUGAAUAUUAUUUUACUUAAAGGGCUGAGAUCUGUGCUAAUUUUAUUCAAAUUGAAAAUCUGGCUAUCUUUAUGCAAGAAUGUGUUUAUACAAAUGAUUUAAUCUCAAAAGAUGAAAAUGAUAUUACUUAUUGGUUAACUAAGAAAUGGUUACAUUUAUAAAAUUAAGAAUAAUCAGAUAUGAAAAUAAAAAAGAUUUAAUUAAAUGAAUCUUCUAUGAAUUAUGAUUUUAGUAAAAAAUAAAUCUAAUUUUUUCUCUAAGAAUUGGAAAAAGAAAAAUGGUUAGAGAUUUAAGUUGCUGUACCUGUAGAAUUAAUUAUAUCAUAAUUACCAGAAGAUGAGUAGAUUUCUCAGAAUAUUUAAAUUUAUGGAAAGAAAUCUGGUAGUCUUAUUGGUUAUAAAUGUUAAGUUGAUGAUUUACUUAAAGGAUGUAUGAUGACACCUAUUUAAUUAAUAAAUAAAUUAAAAUAACAAAAAGUUAAAUUUGAAAUUUCAGAGGAGGCAUAGAUAAUAAAGUUAAUACAUUUUCCAUCAUAAUCUGAAUUAUAAGCAAAAGUUUUGGAUAUUUAUUCUGGUAUCAAAAGAUAAAAUAUCAUUCGAAUAAAUAAUUUAGAUUAAAUGUACACAAUGGCAAGAACAGGAUCCUUUAGAUCUUUAGAAUAUAUGUGGAAAUAAAUUUAACUCUAAAAAAACUCAACAUAAUUAAUUGAUUUUAUUUAAUAAUAUUUAGAUUAGAAUAUUUAUUCUGAUUUAACAGGACAUAAUAAUUUACCUUUUAUAAAACUUGAAACUUAAAGAGAAAAGUCAACUCUUUUGUAAGAUGUCAAGGUAUUUAUUAUUUAUAAUAAUUUAGUGUAUAAUAAAUUUUUAUAAUAUACUCGAUUAUGGAUUAUCUUGGAUAUAAAAAGAAAAUAGUGCAACUAAAAUUUUAGUUAUAUUACAAGGACUUAAAACAAAUAAAAAAGAAUUAAAAUCAUUGCAUCAAUGGAAUAAGUACAGAUAAUAUAAUUAUAUAAAAAUACAUGAGAUGAUUCAUGAAUAACUAGAGUAAUUAGAAACCAAAUUAUUAUGUUAAAGAAAUAAAAAAAUUAAAAUUUGA